AAAUCAGUUGACAUCAGCAGUGUUUCUCAUACGAUUCUGAUUGGACGUAAUCGGGAGUAUUUUUAACUUGGCGGUAGGGAUUUCCCAAAACCGGGAGAUUAUCCAGUUUUUAACAAAUACGAUCGGGAGGCAGGAGACGGAGGCUAAAAUCGGGAGCCUCCCGCCAAAAUUGGGAGGGUUGGCAAUCAACCCAUGUUUGCCCGACCCCUGAGUGCAGUGGGCUUUGCUCCAGCUGCUGCUGUGAUUUGGAGACAGUUGUACUGGAGAAACACAGUUCCACUCAUCACCAUCAGAAAACCCUUCAUUUCCCCCAGACCCCUCUCUCCCUUCAUCUGGAGUGAGUUUCCCAGCAUUGAUCACACAAGACGCCUUCAUCUCUCCCUUGGCCUGAUGAAGCACCCUGAUCCAGAACCUCCUCUUAAAAGGAGAAAGAGCUUGGAGUCUGAGCACUCUAGUGAAAGUGUGCAGCCGAGCCCUAAACGCUCAGCUUCCAGAGAGACACGAGCACCUAAUCUUGCAUUUCUGCACAACAUAACUGAUGUACAGCUUCCUUCUGAGAAACUUUCCCUAAGCCUGGAUAGUACAGGGAAUAAAACAGAGUUAAAGAGGCAGUGGGAGGACCUUACUGACAGCGUUGCAAGCAUAAGUGUUGGACCCUUCGAUUUCUCAGUGAUGUCUUACAAUAUUCUCUCGCAAGAGCUACUUCUCAGCAACCCUUACCUUUACAAACACUGUAAGCCUCGUGUGUUGGAGUGGCACCAUCGAUUCGCCAACCUCAUCACCGAGCUGGAGCGACACGCUGCAGAUAUAAUGUGUCUUCAGGAGGUGCAAGAGGAUCAUUAUCAGAAGCAGAUCAAACCCAGUCUAGAAAAUCUAGGCUACCAGUGUGAGUACAAACGCCGGACUGGCCGCAAGCUCGAUGGCUGCAUGGUAGCUUUUAAGAAGUCCCGGUUUACACUCUUCUCCUCUCACCCUGUGGAAUAUUUCCGCCAAGGAAUCCCAGUCCUGGACCGAGAUAAUGUUGGGCUGAUCGUGGUUCUGAAGCCCGUGGGGGCGUCAGGCUCUGAAUGCAACGUCUGCGUGGUGAACACUCACCUGCUAUAUAACCCACGGCGUGGCGACAUCAAGCUAGCGCAGCUGGCACUUCUGCUGGCCGAAAUCGGUCGCGUAGCACAGCAGGAUGAUGGUACGACCUGCCCUGUACUGCUGUGUGGUGACUUUAACUCCGUGCCUGCGAGUCCCCUCUACACCUUCAUUACAGGCAGCAAGCUGGAGUAUGCAGGCAUGCCCAUUGGGAAGGUAUCAGGACAGGAAGAAAGCCCUCGAGGACAGCGAAUCCUCACUUCACCCCUUUGGCCCUCCAGCCUCGGCAUCUCCCAGCUGUGCCAGUAUGAAGGCCAAACUAAUGCAGAACCUGAUGGAAAGGAAUCAGAGCAACAGUGUUCCAAUAAAGGCCUGAACAAACCUAGCAUUGAACAUGGGUUUAAGCUGACCUCAGUAUACUCGCACUACCUAAAAGAGAGCGGUCAUCGUGAAAUCACCACCUGCCACUCGCGCACAGCCAUUACUGUUGAUUACAUCUUCUAUUCACCAGCGCAGAGGGAUGAGUCAGGCUGGACAGAAUGCAAUGCAGCACCACAGCGAGGCCUGCAGCUGCUCUCCAGGCUGGCCCUGGUCAGUGAAUCUGAGCUCAGAGAAGUGAAUGGUCUGCCCAAUCAGUGUCACUCAUCUGACCACCUUCCUCUCAUUGCCCGAUUCCGUCUGCACUCCUGAGCAUCUCAUCUGUUUGAUGUUGUGUCAUAAUUGUAUAUUGAGUUUCAUGGUGUAUACACUAACAUAAAAGUGAUUGUUCAAUUGUUUUAUGUUUGAUGAUGCAACGUUCCAGAGAUCAAAUUUAUUCCUGCAGUUUUAAGUGAGUUUGAUCGUUUUAGAUGAUGCAAAUAGGAGGAGACAAUGGUGAUGCAAAUAGGAGACAAACUAUGAUGAGUUUUUAAAACAGGUUCUACACCAGCAAAUCUGGAUUCGCUUAAUUGCACGUGCAUUAUAUCAUGUAUGUAUGUAUGUAUUUUUUUUUUAAACUUGCACAUCAGUUGGACUUCUGACUUUAAACUGAAGUCAUGGGCUAGAAAGACAAAUUUGAACUGUAGAUUGGUUGUUAUUGGAAUUUUUAUGGCUGCCAUCUAAUUUUAUUGAAGUUUACUUUUAAUUUAUUAAGCAUGAAGUCUAAGCUGGUUUCUUAUGUACAUUAGGGCCACAGCUAACAGUUGCUGCUGAGUAGUGUCCUGGAUAUUCAAGUAUACUGUAAAAGUAAAUAUUCAAGACUUUAUUUUACAUGUUUUGGAAAUAAAACUUGGCAGUAUAUGAAUCGUAUGAACAGGACCUCACCACAUUUGCUCUAAAUAAAGAGCUUUAAAGGUGUAUGUAAUCAGUUUACACUGUGUUAUUCAACUGUACGUUUUCUUUCAAGUCUCAGCUUUCAUCAUUCUUUGAAGACUAACAUCUGUCUGCCAGCUUUCAGACCCCAGAACCUCAUACAAGGGCAGUAAAAUUAUUAAUGAUGAUCAAAUUAUAUUUCUAAAAACAUAUUCAAACACAAUUUGAUCUGUUCUAAAUGCCACACUGUAUUAAGGAGGUGGCACAGGCCUCAAGUCUAUGGAAGAUAGUAAAACUGUCUAUAAUUUGAAUUAUUCUUACUGUUUUCUAAUUCAUUAUUGAAUUAGUUAAAUAUAUCGUAUAUUCUAUCCACAUUCACUGGAUAUGAGCAAUCGCGCGCUCUGAUUGGCUACUCUAGUAUUAGGAUAUCAGCUCAUAUACCGUGAGUAGAGAAAAACAAAAUGGCAGAGUGUGUUACUGAACCAACCAAGGACGAAAUAAAAACUUUAUUCAAAAACAAAACCCCCCAAAAAUGCAAAAAAAAGCAACAAACUAUGGAAUAAAAGUAUUUGAUGGGUAUUUUUUUAUUUUAUUUUUUUUUAGUUUUCAAGAAUUAUGAUAGCAUUUUUCAGAAAUUGCUACUGUCAUUUCGAUGGUUUGUUUACAUACUAGGCGAAAAUGAUUUUGUCAGACGUUUUGUAUAAACUUUUUUCUUUAUUGAAUUUGCGAAAAAUAAAAAUGAUCCAUUUCUCAAAAAUCCAGUGAAUGUGGAUAGAAUAAAACAGUUAUUCGACUCAAUCUCGUCGUGCAUGGCUGAUAGCCGAUUCGGUGCUACGCACCUCGUCAGCUAUCAGCUCAUGUACGACUUGAUUUCGUGGAAUAACUGUUAAUUAGUUGGAGCUUAAUGUGCACUCUUGUAGUUUAAAGAAGAACUUUUUUUACUUGUUUUUUUUUUUCCUUUCUUGUUUGAUACAUUUGAAGUUGGAUAUUUUAUAAUAAUAAACAUCUGGAUCAAAUAUGAA